AUGCAGGAGGGGGGCCCCCCGGGGGGCCCCCCGGGGCCCCCCCCUGCAUCUUCUUUGGUGGCUAUGCUGCUGCUGUGCGAGCAGAUGCUGUGGGCCCUCCUUGAGGCCCUUCGCUGUCUCCUCAGGGGCCUCAGCAGACACCAGGGGGGCCCCCAUGGAGGCCCCCUGGGGGCCCCCUUCUCCCCCCGGGAGAUCGCUGCCACUGCAGCGGUAUAUGGAUGCCUCGCAGCAGCCCUGCAGCACCUGCAGCACAUCGAAGCAACCGGGGGCCCCACAUAUGGGGCCCCCCCCCCAUGGGGGCCCCCCCCUGCUUAUGCAGGGGGCCCCCUAGGGGGGCCCCUAGGGGGGCCCCCAGGGGGGCCCCCAGGGGCCACGGAGGCGGCGAAGGGGCAGCUCGCUCAAAGGGCCCCUGUUGCUGUCUUGCCAGCACCAGGAGGGGGCCCCUCGGGGGCCCCCUGGGGGGCCCCCUCGGGGGCCCCCCGCAGUGUAGCUGCGGAGGUGGUUGGGGGUUUGCUGCUGCAUGCAUUGGGGGCCCCUCAGGGGCCCCGUCUUCCUCCUGGGUGUGUAGGCAGUGGUUUGUUUUGGGGGCCCCUAGAUAGAGAGAAGAGGGGGGGGGCCCCCACGGGUCUCUCUGCUUCAUCGGGGUUGCUGCUGAGGGCCCCCAUACCCCUUAUCAUCGCUGCGUUUCAGCACGACCCGGCAGUACCCUCUGGGGGCCCCCCCCCUGUGGGGGCCCCCCCGCAACAGAGCCAGGGGGGCCCCCCUGCAGCUGCAGCUAACGUGGUGGCAUGGGGGGGCCCCGAAGAGGAUGGGGGCCCCCCUACAAGCAGCAGGGGGGCCCCCGCUGCAUGCAGACCGCUGCCUGCAGCAGGGGCCCCCAGGGCACUGCUGCAGCUGCUUGAGAGGGUCAUAUGGGAGGCACAGGGAGACUGGGGGGCCCCCCCGGGGGCCCCCAUACUGCGGCAGCGGGGUUUACUUAGCUCUGCUGCUGCUGCUGCUGCUGCUGGUGCUGCUGGUGCUGGUGCAGUGCAGCAGCAGCAACUGCAGCAGCUGCUGCAGCAAAAACAACUCAGGCUGCAGCAGCAGCAGGAUGCAGCAGCAUCAGCAGAAGUGGAAAGGCUUGUCUUUGCUGCUGCAGUGCUAGCAGCAGCUCGCGCGGAGGGGGGGCCCCCCAAGGGGCCCCAGGGCCCCUUCUUCCUGGCUUUAUCUCUUAUAAGCGAUGCUUUACUCAGCCGCAUUGAUGCUUUCCUUACAACUGUACCCUAUGCACUUGCUGCUUCAUGGGGGGCCCCUGGGGGCCCCCCCCCUGUUGCUGUCUCUUUUGUUCAUGAGGGCCUCGUAGCAGCAAUAUGUCAUCAUCUGAUGAGGCCCCUGGGGGGCCCCCCUUCAGUACCAUCAGUACCCUCUUUGGGGGCCCCCAACAAGGGGGCCCCCUUGGGGGCCCCCCACCUCUGUGAUCUCAUGAAGCAGCUGGGGGCCCCCCACCCCCCUUUCUUUCGCUUCCUCUUCUCUCACUACAGGCCCCCUUGGGGGCCCCCCUGGGGGCCCCCAGGGGGGCCCCUAGAGGGGCCCCUAGAGGGGCCCCCAAAGAAACACGGGGGCCCCUUGUCAGGCGGAAGCAGCAGGAGGAAAGCAUGCAGCAGCAGCAGCAGCAGCAGGGAUCUAUACAGAAGCAGUAGCAGCAGCAGCAGGGGGAGGAGCAGCAAUGGCUGCAGCAGCAGCAUUACGUCGGCGCGGAUGGCAGCAGCAGCAGCAGCAGCAACUGCAGCAGCAGCACAGAAGUGUAUGGCGGAUGCAGCAGCAGCAGCAGGAGCGCUUGAUGCCUCUGAUAUAGAAGAUGAGGGGGCCCCCUGGGGGCCCCUAUUAGACAGCUGGGCGGCUUCUGUUGGGGGUACCCAGGGGGCCCCCCCAGCAACAUCAGGGGCCCCCCCACCAAGCCCGCAGUGGCUGCAGUACCUUACCCUUCUGCUGCAGCAGCAAACACAAGCAGCACCAGCAGCAGCAGCAGCAGCAGCAGCAGCAGCAGCAGCAGCAGCUGAAGACAUGGCAAUGCUUGGGUUUGCACUGCCGUACUUCCCGCCUCUAUCGAUGCUUCCACUUUCGUACCCUACAGCAAACAGGGGGGCCCCCCAGGGGCCCCCAGGGCAGAGCGGGGGCCCCCAAGGGCCCCCUGAGCAGUUCGCUCCGCCCCACAUACGGGGGGCCCCCCUUGCUGCAGCAUUUGACAUCAGCUGCAGCAGGGCCCUGGGGGCCCCCCAGGGCCCCCCCCCCCCUGGGGCCCCUCCAGGGGCCCCCACCGGGGCCCCCUAUGCCGACAGGGGGGGCCCCCAGGGGGGCCCCUUGAAGGCCUUUACGGGGAUGGAGGCGGCGCGGCUGUGUAGACAGUCGCUUACUGCUGCUUUGGGUUUUGCUCUUCUUACUAAGGUGCUGCUGGCCCCUGCAGCAGCAGCAGCAGCAGCAGCAGCAGCAGCAGCAGCAGGUGGAGCAGGUGGUGGGACUGGUGGUGGUGGAUGUGCAGGGAGUGAGCAGCAGCAGCAGCAGCAGCAGCAGCAGCAGCAGCAGCAAAGUGUUAAGGGCCGGCGUUGCAGGCUGCUGCUGCUGCGGCAGAGGCCUGCUGCUGUUUAUUUGUCUCCUUUCUGUCUCCUUCAGUUGCUGCCGCUGCGGUCGCUGCGUCAUUUGCUGCUGCUGCUGCUGCUAGCAGCAGAACCCCUUAAUUGGGGGGCCCCGGAGGGGCCCCUGGUGCAGCAGAUGGAGUUUAUACUGCAGCAGCAGCAGCUGCAGCAGCAGCUGCAGCAGCAGCAGCAGCAACAGCUGCUGCUGCUGCAGCAAACGGACCUUCUUCCCUCACUAAUGCAGACAGCAGCAGCAGCAGAAGCAACAGGAGCAACAGCUGCAGCAGCAGCAGCAGCAGCAGCAGCAGCAAAAGGAGAAUCGUUGCAGCAGUUGCAGCAACCUCUCACUCCGCUGACUGCCCUGGCAGACCUUUUGCUGUCGCAGCAGCAGCAGCAGCAGCAGCAGCAGCAUCAGCAGCAGCAGCUGCUGCUACUGCUGCAGCAGCAGCAGCAGCAGCCGCAGAAGCAGCAGCAGCUUGGGGGGGGGCCCUCCUCCUCUCAGUUCCAACGCGAAGUGGCAGCGACGCUGCAGGGCCUCAGCAGCAGCAGCAGCAGCAGCAGCAGCAGCAACAGCAGCAGCAGCAGCAGCAGCAGCGGAGGUUUGAUUAGGGAGUUUGCUGUGGGGCCCUAUUAUAUAGACAUCGUCUUAUGGCCCUCUAAACCCUAA